AUGUUAUCGGGAAACAAUCAGGACCCAGAAAAUUCAUCCGACUUUGAACAAAAUAUCCAGUCUUUGAGGAAUCAGCUUGUACCGGAUAACUUAAUCCGGGUUCUGGAUAACACUGAUGAUUUGAGCUCAGCAGUGAAGGUGUCGAAAUGGGCUUCCCUGCAAAAACGGUUUAAUCACACCGCCGAUACGUAUUUUCGGAUUGCUUUGAAACUGGGUUUGGCUGGAAAUGUUGAGGAGAUGGAGGGGUUUUGUCAAAAUAUGGUGAAAGAUGGGUGUCCCGAUGUCGAAGAGGCGCUUUUGGCACCGAUUGAUGUGUUUGUUAGGCAUUGCAGAUUAAGUGAGGCAAUGAGGGUGCUUGUGAAUUUGAAAGCAGGUGGCUUUAGGCCUUCAAUUGAGACAUUUAAUGGUGUAUUGGGUGCCCUUGUGAAGGAUAAGAGAGAUUUUCGAGAUGUUUUGUUCGUCUAUAAGGAGAUUGUGACGGCAGGAAUCAUGCCAAGUAUUGAUACUUUGAAUUAUUUGUUAGAGGCAUUGUUGGAGAGCGGCCGCAUUGAGUCUGCUGUUGAUCAGUAUAGAAGAAUGAAGAAGAAAGGGUGUAGUCCUAACAGUAGGACUUUUGAGAUUCUCAUGGGAUCCUUUAUUGUAAAGGACCGAGUUGAUGAAGCUGUUAUUGUUUUCGAUGAAAUGCUUGAUCUUGGUUGUCAGCCUGAUUUGAGUUUUUAUUCCUGCAUAAUACCUUUGUUUUGUCAGGAAAAUAAACUGGAGGAGGGAAUUAGAUUGUUUGAAAUGAUGAGAACUUCUAAUUUUACGGCAGAUUCAUUGGUUUAUGAGGUUCUGUUGCAGUCUUUAUGCAAGAACCUUAGAUUGGAUGAUGCGAUAAAGGUUUUAGAAGAGAUGAUGGAAACUGGGUUGACGCCGCCAAAUAAUGUCUUUGCAAUUGUAGUAUAUGUGUUUUGUAAAUUGGGGAAGGUAGACGACGCGAUGAAGUUCUUGGAAGAUAAGCAAAUCAUGGAAACUUCUGCCUGCAACGUACUGCUUGAAGUUUGCUGCAGUACUGGAAAAUUUCUUAAGGCAGAAGAUUUACUUGUGGAAAUGUCUGAAAGAAAUGUGGCUGAUUGUAAUUCUUGGAAUAUUGUUAUCAGAUGGCUCUCCGAGCACGCAAGGAUUAGGGAAGUGCGUGAACUUCUUGGUAGAAUGGUGGUUUCUUGUUCUCUUCCCGACUGUGACACAUACUCGGCUCUAGUCGUUUGCCACUGCAAAAUGAGCAACUACAGAAAUGCUAUGGAUAUAUUUGAUCAUAUUCGUGCCAAAAGCUGGGUUUUGGAUCAUACAUCUUACUCUGAGCUUGUCAAAGGCCUUUGCCUAGGGGAAAUGACUCAUGAGGCUACUGAAGUGUUCUGUUACAUGUCUAGUAAUAGAUGUUCGAUCGAGCCUUCCUCGUUCAAUAUGUUGAUCAAGGAUUUGUGUGAGACAGGAAAGGUUGACGAAGCAGCAAGGAUACAACAAUUGGCCUAUUAUUCCGGUACUUCUUCUACCAGUUCAACUUACUCAACUAUUAUGCUUGGAUUGUCAAAAUUAGACAAGGUAAAAGAUCUGCUGAUAGUCCUCUCAAAAAUGCUGGUGGAGGGUUGCAGUCUUGAUUUGGAUGCGUACUGCGUGCUCAUACAAAGCAUGAGUGUGCAGAAUCGAAUGAAAGAAUGCUUAUUGCUUUUCAAUAUGAUGGUCGAUGAGGGUCUUAUACCUGAUUCUGAGAGACUAUUUAAUCUACUCUCUUGUAUAGCCAACUAUUCUCAGUUGCACAUGAUUUCGUGUUCAAUAAAUAAACUUACUUCUGAUAGUAACAGGCCGGACUGUGACAAUUCUUCUGUAGAUACCUCACCUGAGCCGUUUGCAGCUAUGGUUCAUAUUUUGUGCAAUGGAUCCGGGAGCCGUUGCCUGCCGUGUAUGAUAGUUUUCUUCACCUUCACCACUGAGGUUCAUGGAUCUCUUCUACAUGUUCAAACCCUAACCAACGCCAAGAAAGGUGCUUUGUUACUUACACCAAUAUGUCUCAGAAUUAACUUUACAAGUGACGUGUUUCAGCCAAAUCGUUCGAGCAAGAGGAAAGGCAGAAGGCAGAGCAGUGCUGUCCUAUUUGAACUAGCUCCUGGGGAAGCUCUGUGUAAUCAUACGUUGAAGCCAGUUUGA